AUGCCGGGCGAGAAUCCGGUUCAAAUUCCCACAGAAAUACCCAUUCAAAUGCCCACAGGAUUCACGGGUCAAAAUCAACAAGAAAUGCAGGCCGCCCCAGGUGUCGUCACACAAGAACAGCUUGCGUCUGUAAUGGGGGCUCUGUUUGGUCCCGAUGGGACGAAUGAAGGUUAUAAUCCGGCAACGGAUCGAGAUGAGAUUCCACAACAGAAUUUUGUUCCCCCUCCGUCCCCGUUUCGAUCAAAUUACGAGAAUGACCUGAUUUCACAGUUUAAAUCAGUCUUGGACGAGAGGCUGCUCGAGAACAACCGGAGACUUACCAAUAUGUUCAUGGGAGAGUUUUCGCAAUCAUAUCGAUGUUCUCCAAAGCAAAAAACGGUCAGGACUCCGGUGACCGUACGAACACCAAAAGAAGAGGCACACACUCAGAGUGAUAAUGCUGUUGCCGAUUCAUUUAUCAAUUACGAUAAUGCCUACCACGUCUCUAUGAGCCCGAUGGUGAAUGAAGAUUUUAAUGAGGAUCCUGAAAUAAUCAAACUGAGACGAUCCGAAAGGCUUGUAAAGCCCGCAGCAGCUGUGCUAUCCCCGUAUGUGGCUUACAAAAGAUUGAAAGAUAGAAAAACCAAAAGGUUAAGAAACGAGGAUAGACAAAUUGAAUUCAUCAAGCACUGGUAUCCAAAUUGUGGCAGUAAACAUCUUUCCCUACUAGCGGGGAAUUCUGUCGGUCCAAAUUUUUGGGAGUCAUUGCUGGGCAUGGACUGUCGCGGCUGGUUAAGCGAUGAUAAUGUUUAA